GAAGACACUAAGUCGUAUUCGUGGCGAGAGAGCGGCACCGGUCGGUGACCGAGCACGCUGGCUCCGGAGAUUGCAACGGGAGUCGAGAGUCUGCCGUAUCGCAAUGGCCGAAAGCCCAGCCGGCGUCUCCGGCCAGUGCAUCCCCUUCGCGCUUAAAUGGCCGACGAUUCGAAUGCGACGGAUGCGGCAACGUCGCGUCUUUUCAUUGGCUGUCGGUCGGCUCUGGUGGCGACCGCGUGCAACUACCGUCGGCGCAUUGGUUGACACACAGACGCAAUAAAUAGCGGACGCAACACGUGAACGAGUUGUUCGCGAGUCCCGCGAUAAAUGUCAUGCCGAGCAUCACGCUGACAAUCUCACAUCGCUUUUGCGCCAGCUGAUGACGAACGAUUCUGAGAUUUGCGCAUAAACGGUUCGCCUGUGAACAAUCGCAGUCGUACGCGUUCCUCUACUUCGGUGACGACGACGACGACGACGUCGUGUUGUCCCUAUCAGAAUGCGUGUUGACACGUGCAUCUUGCUGUUGUAUCUGCCGCUUGCAAUUUUCGGCAGUGCUGAAAAAAACGAGAGCGCUUUCGUGGCAACGCACGAAUGGCAGACGGUGAAAAAGGGAACUCCUAUUCCCAAAGGACUUCACGUUAGACAUAAUUUUGCAACUGGAGUAACAGAGGCUAAAUUGAUGGAUGACACAGAAGAAGAUGAUGAAAAUACAAACCGAUCCAAUUCCAAGUCAUUGACAUUACAUCCGGAUAAGUCGGUUCUAGAAAACGAAGAGCCGGAGUCUGUGAAAAUAAAGAAAGUUUCAGAAUCUUUGAAUUCUUUGAAAUUUCCUAUCGACGAAUUGAAAGCGAGAUUGAAAAAGCUUAAGCAAGAUGAAGCAGCAGAAGUAUCAAAUAUGAAUAAUGGAGAAACUCGACCAAAAACUGAGAAACGUUUUAAACGUUUUUAUGAAACUUUGAAAGAGGAACUUAAUGCUCUUAAAGUUAAUGUUACAAGCGAUUCAGAAUUAUUAAAAAGGUUUUUCCAGAAAUUUCAAUCUUAUAAAAGUAGUAUCACUACAGGAACGUUAACUAGUAUAGAGAUUGAAGAAGUAUUGGACAUUUUAAAUAAUUUAGAAUAUCUUCUUCAUCAAAUAGACAAUGCUAAAAUAUUCUCAGACAUGGAUGGGUUGACUAAGAUCAUAUCACCAUGUCUUAAUGGAACUAAUAAUGAAAUAAAAUCAGAAGCAUUACGCCUUUUAGGAGCAGCCGCCCAAUCAAAUCCAAAAGUGCAAGCUAAGGCAUUAGAAAAUGAUUUUAUUCAAAAAGUGUUGCACGUCUUGUCUACAAAUAAUAAAAUUGAAGUAAAAUCCAGAUGUCUCUUUGCUCUAAGUGCCUUAAUACGCCAGUUUCCUGCUGCUCAGAAAGCUUGGAUUGAUCAUGGCGGUUUGCAGUUACUUGGCAAGAUUCUAUAUGACGAUCAAUUACAUAUACAAAUGAAAGCAAUGAAAUUAAUUAAUGAUCUAACAAUCGAAAGACGAAACCUAGAAGAAAUUCAUGAUGCCGAACAGCGUCAACAGAGAAUGAGGGAGUACGCUAUUACAGAUUUUGAGCUAAAAUUACUGAGGCACGAUUACUGUAAACUCCUAAGCAACUUAAUGGUUAAAUGCUUCAAAGAAAAGUUAACUGGCCAAUUUAGUAUAGAAAAUAAUGAUUUUCUCGAAGUAGUCUCAGAUAGCAUGAUCACGAUAUCUCCUAUUUGUAAAACUGAAUUUAAGAAUAUUGAGCUUUUGCUUUUACCUGUUAUAAAUAAUCUCUUACACUUUUAUCAAAAUCCUAAUAUUAAACUCACUGUGGAUGAAACAGACGUUUUGAAGAGUUUAAUAUUACUGAUUGAAAGAUUAAAAGAAACUAUUUUUGAAGCACCUCAUGAUGAACUAUGAAUAUGAAUUAAUGUCUAAGGUAAUUAAAAAUAUACGAAAGUAUAUCAAAGACUACAAAUUAAAUUCCAGUCUUAUGUUAAUAGAUAUGCAAUCAUGUGCAAUAGAGCAUAGAGCUUACUUAAUAUGUAUUUGUCAGUGUAAAAAGUUUUGUCAAGAGAAGAAAAUUAAAAUUAUUGUCGUAGUAAUUAUUAAAAUAAUCUUGAAAAGGAGAUUUACUAUUUGCAGAUGAAGAUGAUUAGCUACAAUUUCCAGAUCUUUGGAAAAUCUAAGUAUAAAAAAAUAUUUUGUUAUUCUAAACGUGUUUAUUCUAUUCCUACUGUAAAUAGGUUGUCAUACUUACAGGAUUGAUCAGUGAAAAAUGCAGUUCUCGUCUCUUGCAUUCAAAGUAUGAAAUACUAGUCAUUAGAUGUCAGUUAAACUUUAAUUCAUUAUUUAAAUGGCAUAGUAAUUAGUUAUACUUGUAGCGAUUUUCCCGUUGUAAGAGUUUUUCUUUUCUAUUGGCCUAUCAAACAAUUAAAAGUCUGUAUGUUUUUCCCUUCAAGAGACGGGAACUUUUGAUAUUUGAUUUAAUCAGCUCAAUUAAUAUUUCAUGUAUACCUCAUAAUUAUGCGAGGAAUAAUU